AUGCCACUCAGUCCUCCAUCGACUCCUGGUCCCGCCAGUCGCAAUCCGGAUUCGAUACCUCGACCACCUCCUUCACCGCUCAGAAAUUCCCCUUCAUCCACCCCCGGGCCACACCACUCUCCUCCUGUUCGUCGCGCGGGUCAAGCAUCGAAUACACCAGGCAAAACACGGGCCAGGGACUUGUUAAGGAAGCACUAUGGCUUGGGCGUCGGGCCCCCUCCCCCGCUUCCUGGAAACACUGCUGACCCCAUGAGUCUCGAUUCCAGCGCCUUUGAUGCGAAGUCGUAUUACGAGCAAUUGAUCACUACAGCAUCCUUGUCGACUCUGCUCAAGCGAGAGAACGAACUAUUGACAGAAAUCAGGGAGUUGGACGGCGAGAGACAGUCAUUGGUAUACAAUCAUCAUCACGAGCUGAUUGCUGCUAGUGAUACUAUAGCAGCGGUCAAAACCAGAGCCGAAAGUCUCGACGCCGAUUUGGAUCUAUUGAAGGCAGCCUUUUCCGAUAUCUCUCGCCUCGUUGCAGAGGUUUCUGUAGAGCCGCACGCUUCGGACUAG